UCUGUUAAUGGGUUGUGUUUUAUUUACAUUACAAGUUACUUGCGACUCGCGUGGAAUUGCCGUAGUGUCGUAUUUUUAAAUAACAUUGGGAGUACAAGCAAUCUACCAACAAAGAGCUUGUAAUCAUUUUCGUGUUGUCUUGCUGAUUUAAAAAAAAGAGGAUUGUGCAUCAUCUUUAAAUCUACACAAAUAUUUUACGUAAAAAUCUGAGUAUAUAGCUCAUUAUUUUAAUCUUUUUACUAAAAAGAUUACUGGCCAAAAUUAUAAAAAUAUAAUUAAAAAUUGAUAAUAUUCUCGACAAAGAUAAUCUCAAUGAUAAUGAAUAUACAAUAAAUAGUAGUAAUUAUAAAUAGAAAGAGUGUAUAAAUAAUGUUAUUUUUAAAAAAGUGCAAUCGUUAUAAUUUUUUAAGUAUUCAAUGUCCUAACUCAACUAUGUUGAGGGAUAAUUAAGUGAAUAUAUAUAAACUAUUGUUUGAUAGUAGUAAUGAAAAUUAACUUCUCUUGUUUUAUAAAUAACUGUGAAGUGACCUAAGUGAAUUUUUAAUCUCUAAGUUAUCUGAAAAAUUUAUAUCUAUGCCUAGUAAAAAGAAGAUCAAGUCACCCCAACAAAUAUGGGAAAAUAUUUCUUCGGUGUUUGUGGAUUUUGUUGAGAGGAUAUUUUUUACUCUUGGAGUAUUUGUUGCCAAACAUCCAUGGAGAACUAUUGUGGCAACAUGGGCCUUUGUCCUCCUCAGCUGCGGUGGCUUAUUUACAUUUCACACAGAAAAGAAUCCUAUGAAACUAUGGGUACCUCCAGAUUCAGAUUUCUUUCUUGACACGAAUUGGUACAUAAAUAAUUUUGGCACAAAUUUUAGAUUACAGAAAUUAUUAAUAACAGCAGACAAUGUCCUAGAUCCAAAUGUGAUACAAAUAAUUUACAAUAUCUCAAAUCAUGUAAGUUCACUGGAAGUUGAACAUCACAAUGAAAAGUAUACUUUGAAUGAUUUAUGUUUUAAAGUUCCUGCUGUAAAUUUUGCUAGUACAAAUUGGAAAUCCAGAUCUGAUGAAUCAAUGCAAGCUAAUAAUAAUAAGACAUUACAAAAACGUGGUAUUGUUGAUGAAGACUUAUCUGAUCCUUCUCUUUGGAUUGAUGAGGAUUUUUAUUGUAGUUUUCUUGAAAGUUUUCCAUUAACAUGUCUUCAAUAUAAUAUAAUAGAUUUGUGGAAUAAGAAUGCAACUCUUAUAAAUAAUGCUACAAAUUAUGAUAUAAUAACAAAAAUAAAUAAAGUAAAAGUAAAUCCGUCCACUGGCCAUCCUGUAGACUUUAAAAAGUUGCUGGGUGGAAUAGUGCGUAAUGAGGCAGGUGAUAUAGUAUCAGCCAAAUCCAUUUUGCUAACUUGGUAUAUGUACGUAAACAUGACACAAGUGGAUCUCAAUGAAGUAGGUAAUUUAGUUGGCACUGAAGACUGGGUAUCGAUUCCAUUAGCACUUUGGGAAUUGGAGUAUUUGAAUUAUGUAAAAUCCUUAACUUUUAAUGUUAAUAAUAUUAAAUUUUAUCAUGAGGCAGGUAGAAGUUUUGCUGAUACUAGUGGAGAAAGUAUGUUCCAAGAUAUGGAUAAACUAUUUAUAGGUAUUAUAAUGAUGUUUUUUUAUGUUGUUAUUGCUGUAUCCCGUUUUAACUGGCUAGAGAUUAGAUUAACAUUGGGUAGUGUUGGCCUCUUGAAUGUAGGAAUGGCUUAUGUUACCACUAUAGGUUGGUGUUCUUUGAUGGGUAUUCCAUUUGGUCCCGUUCAUUCUUCUUUACCUUUUCUACUAAUGGGUCUUGGUGUGGAUGAUAUGUUUGUAAUGAAUGCUUGUUGGAAUAUAGUCCUAGCCGGCAAUGAACAGAAUAAUAUUCCCACCAAAGUUGGACAUAUGCUAAAACAUGCAGGAGUAUCCAUUGUGAUAACAUCAUUCACUGACAUUGUAGCCUUGUUGAUAGGAGCUAUUACAAUUUUACCUUCACUAAAGUCUUUUUGUAUCUAUGCAGCUGUGGGGGUGUUCUUUAUCUUUUGUUUUUCUGUUACAUUUUAUGUAGCAGUGUUCACCUUAGAUAUAAGGCGAGUUGAAGAAAAACGAAAUGGUAUAUUGUUUUGUUAUAAACAUAAAACUGAAAUUAUUUUAACAACUGAGAAGACAUUCUUUCAGAGAUUAUUAGAGAGUUUCUAUAAAAAUAUUGUAUUAACUUUUCCAGGAAAAGCUAUAAUUAUAUUAUUUACUUUAGGUAUGACUUGUUUUAGUGUAGUAGCAAUAUUGAAAUUGGAACAGAGAUUCGAUCCAAAAUGGUUUAUACCUGAUGGUACUUCUUACAAAGACUUUUUAAAUGUACAUGAAUACUAUUAUCCUGACGAAGGGCAACCAGCAACAGUUUUCUUAGGUGAUAUGGAUUAUAAUUUAGAGUUCGUAAAGCUCUAUGAUAUGAUACAACAAUUGAGAAACGAAUCUUACGUAACAGAUGUAGUCACGUGGGUCGAAAUGUUUCAUGGGUAUGUCUUAAAAAAUUAUGAUCGUGAUUUAAAAAAUUCUACUGCAGUUUCUACUACGCAAUUUAAUAAAUAUUUAUCUAGAUUUCUUUUUAGUCCUAUCGGUGGAAGAUUUCAAAUAAACUUUAAAUUUAAAGAACCACUUUCAUGUGGGCAUGUAUUUAAUAAUAUAACAGCUUCAUUAUUGUCAUUUAAAUUUAUUAGGUUUGAAGGUCCAGAGGAAUACAUUCCUGCAAUGAAUCGAGUUAAAGAUAUUGUGAAGUCAACCGAUAUAACAACAGGGAGUGGUUAUCGUAGCGUUUGGUCGAAAGUUUUUGCAAAUUGGGUUACCGACGAAAUUAUUGGCGUUGAAGUUGAGAGGAAUAUUGAAUUGGCCCUAUUUUGUGUUAUGGUUUGCACUGUUAUUUUGAUUACGAAUCUUCAGAUGUGUUUGUGGAUUUUCCUUUGUGUAAUGUUGACAAUAAUAAAUGUUUUGGGUUGGUUGCAAAGGUGGGGUAUGACUGUUGACAUUGUGUGUUGUAUUGGCCUUGAACUCGCAAUAGGUCUUUGCGUUGAUUACGCCGCGCACGUUGGUCAUACGUUUCUAACAAUUUCUCAAGGUUCUCGUAAUGAUAGAGCUUUUAAAACUGUCACUUCUAUAGGCACUGCUGUUUUGUUGGGUGGAGGUUCAACAUUGCUCUCUUUAUCAUUAUUGAGUAUGUCAAAAGCUUACACUUUUCAGUCGUUUUUCAAAAUAUUCUUGCUAGUUAUACUUUUUGGUCUUUCCAAUGGUCUGUUAUUCUUGCCAGUUGCUUUGUCUUUAAUUGGCCCAGCGGCAUAUAGACCACAGGAUAAAAUAGAUAGAUCAGAGGCUGUGGAAUUAAAUGGAAAGUUAAAUAGUAGUAGUAAUAAGGAAAAAGAAAUUGAUGAGGAAUAAAGUAGUAUGUAAGAUUUUUUUAGACUGUUUAAAGCUUUGAUACAAUCCAUUAAAUAUCUCAAGAGAUUAUGAAUCUUGGUUGUUAAUAUAAAGUUAAUUGAAAUGGUUUGACAUGAAAGUAAGAAAUGGUAAGUUUUAAAGAAAAAAGUCUUGCUUCAGUUUUAUAAGUAUGCUUGUUUUUGUGUAGAUAUCUAAGUGCUAUUCAACAGCCUAAUAGUAUUUUAAUUUCAAAUAAAGUGCGGAAUAGUAUUUUAAGAUCAUAUCAUAAUUAUUUUUAAGUAUAUCAAAUAAUGUAUUCAUAUAAGCCUUUUUGUAAAUCUUUUAUAUAAAGUAUACUUAGAUUGUGGUAUUACUUUUCUAUAUUUCUUUAGUAUCUAGCAAAAUGUAUCUAAAGCAAUAAUAUUUUUGUGAUAUUGUAAUUUAGCCAAUUACUUAUACCGGUGAUU